GUACUGCUGUUUUGCUGUCGAGUCACCUCUGUCAGGAUGGAGGAAAACGAACUGCUAUUAUGCUGAAACUCGAAGGAUCCCAACAACUGAGCAUCAUCCACCGGGAGAGUUAGACACAAGUCAUCGUUUAUCUUCACUGCUGUAUUUGUUUAUAUAACGCUUUGCCAAAAAUGAUGGAAGAAAUCGACCGGUUCCAAGUACCUCCAGUCAACGGAGAGACCCAGCCUUUGGACCCAGCUGCAUCCUCCACCUCAGAGGCAGACCCUGACACAAAGGGAGAGUCUGUGGCCAUGAACUACAAGCCCUCACCACUGCAAGUCCAAAUAGAGAAACAGAGGGAUCUUGCCAGGAAGGGAUCAGUGAAGAAUGGCACUGUGGGAAGUCCUGUCAAUCAGCAGCCCAAGAAGAAUUCCAGGACAAGGUUGGUCGUGCCAAAUAAAGGCUACUCGUCUUUAGACCAGAGCCCAGAUGAGAAGCCCCUGGUGGCACUGGACACUGACAGUGACGAUGACUUCGACAUGUCCAGAUACUCGUCAUCAGGAUACUCCUCAGCCGAGGUGAGAUGUCUGAGGGACCAGCAGAUCAACCAGGACUUGAACAUCCAGCUCUUGAAGGAUGGGUACCGGCUCGAUGAGAUCCCGGAUGACGAGGAUCUGGAUCUGAUCCCCCCCAAAGCAGUCAACCCCACCUGCAUGUGCUGCCAGGCUGCUCCCUCCACAGCCUGUCAAAUCCAGUAGCACCACCCCCCCCCCAAAAAAACCUCCUGCCUUCCACCUGCACAGAGGCCAACUACUGACCAGAGUGGCAGAAAGGAGGAAGAACUAUCGGCUGGCAGAGGCACAAAGGGGAAACUAGGCUUUAUAAAGGCUAAAUUAAGAGAUGUAGAUAGGUCUUGAGGAGAAGAGUCAAUAUGUACAGUAUCUGUGCACGUUCCUCCUAUGGUUGGAUCUGUGCAUCUUACUCGAUUGAUGGCAGAAACAUUACCUCUAAAGGAAAACACGUUACUUUUGCUUCUUCUUCCUUUGACGUCCAUCUCAUGCUUGUGGAUAAGGACCAUGAAAGAUGGUGGAGAAGAACCGAAACAAAAUUGGUUGACAGGGCGGCAUUUUCCAUGACGUCCACUUCUACUAGUCUACUAUGGUCAGAUUGGAUGGACAAGAAGAGAUUCGAAGUGUUGUAGUGGCCAUUUCUUUCUCAUUUCUUUUAGCCAGUCUGCUCUGUCUUCCUGUGUAUAUAUGUGUCAAAAGACAUGUGGGUCUAAAAAUGUCAAAGAAGGAAGUGCUCAGCCAUCAAGCUGCUGAUGAAACACUAAUGCUUACACUCAAAACACUAGUUUUCUUUUUCAAGUUUUUCUGUUACACCAAGGUUGUUUUCAUUGCUUAAUUGUGUCAUAUUCAGUUAAAAGAAGCUGAAAACAAAUAGUUUUUGCAUGUUGCCUGUUAACACUGUGUCCUAAUGACCGGCUUGCGCAGUUUAAAUCGACCUCCUAACACAUCCUUGUGCUGACGAUACAUUAUGUGAGGCGUGCUCUUAAAAAACACAAAGUUAGUUCAAAUGUAGGUACACUCACUGUCAUUUCAGUAGGUAGAGAGAAACUGUCAAAAAUAAUGUCGGAACAGCUCACAAGUGUGAAUGUGUACAAGGAGCACAAAGGCAGUCAACACCAUGAAUGUUGUUACAAAAUAUUAAUAGGAAUAUUAAUACGAGGCUUAGAUUAUGUGCAAAUACAUAGAACAUUGUUCAAUUUUGGCCAUACCUGUUGUGGGUUCAGAAGAAUGUCUUUAAAGUGAUUCCAUAUUGCCAGAAUGGAAAUUAUAUUAAAAAAAAAAUGGUAUGGUUGUACAUUUGCGCAUAUUCCCCUUUAGGUAUUUAUAUAACCGAUUUUUUUUUAUUUGAUUUGGGGAAAGGAAGUGUAUAUGUAGCACAGGACACAGCUGUGUAUUGUCAAUGUUUUUUUUUUGCCGAUGGAUGUUUCCCACAACGUUGAAGAGUACGUUUUUAGGAAGUACCGAACAAAAAUUGUUUAUUUGUCACGUUUACAUCACUCUAAAGACAUAUCUAGAAGAUUAAGUCACCUGCAUGUGAAUCUGCUCUGAAACAACAGAUCGUUUCCCUAAACACAAAAUGCACAUCUGAUGACACCUAAAAAAAUAUUUUCUAUUUAGCAAAUCUUGAACCUAGAUACACUCUUAUUUCUUUUCAUAUGACUACAGUUCGAAGUAUUUGUGCACUUUACACUGUGGUGCAGGUUCUUCUCUCUCGUGACAAGCUGAAGUGUAUUCUGUAUGACUCGUAUUCAAGGGACUUGAGAUUAGGAUGUGAAAUUACUUUUGAAAUACUGUGCGCAUCUACUAUGAACAACUUUAUCUUGAUUCACUUUGUGCACAUAUUGCAGCGUUAUAUAAAACAUUGCAUUCAUCUUUCAUAACUGUUGAUUUUUGUUAACACGUUUACAAUUUGUUUACAUUUACAUGAAAAUCCAUUCAGAUACAACCGUGGAAAAAGAGCAUCUCUUUGAGCUUUUUUGGUUAAAGAUGUGCCAGAUCUGCGUACAUGUAAGAAUGGUCAACAAAGGAAGAGGUGUUUCUGCUCUGGUCAAAGGAAUAACUGAAUAGUGACGUAUGUAAAGAGUAAAGGAACUAAAAGCUACUUGGGAAGAGAACAAAAAUGCUAAAUCCUGUUAAUCUGUUAACACUUAAAAGGGCAUCUCCUUUACAUUAUACUGCCCCAAUGUUUCUGUAGCAUUGAAAUUACAAAAGUAUUUGAAAAAAUGUAAUUAGCCAAAUAUGGUGCCAUGUGUGUAGAUUUUAAAACGACUUGCAUUAAGUAGAAAAAAUACACGAAUAGUACUAGGUGACUAAAAUGGCUACUAUAACUGUACAGUUACACCAACAUUGAGGAAAUGGUGCUGAGUUUCUUUUCUUCUUUCUUUUACAUGCUAUUUGAUUCACUCACAGGCUGUCGCAGGCUAACAUUGUGUCACUGGGUUGUGUAGCUUCACUAAUCUCUUGACUCUAGAAUAAUGUGUUGUAACAUAAGCUAUUUAUUUGCAGUUGUGCGUUUUUAAUUUAUUUUCAAGAAUGGGAAAUAAUCCAUAUCCAGACUGAAGCUUUUUAUUUUGUGUUUGUUUGUCAGGUGCUUAUAAUGAUGAUUGUGAACUGGUUCCAUUUAGAUUUUAACAGUGUCAAAGUUCUGUGUAUAGUGCAACAUAUCAAAAAUAAAUAUUAGAUAUCUGCA